CAGUUGAAUCGCAUUCAAUGUGUUGGUGUGCUUCGUGCGGUGCGGUUCUCUCUUUCUCUGUCGCUUUCCCCGAGUAUUUUGCGCUGGUUUCUUGUCAACAACCAAAACAACCCACAAAACGCACUAUUUCUUUAUAACGCAGCAACUAACUAGUUCCGGAAAAACUUAAAAUAUAAAACACAAAACAAUGUCGGCUGCUACGGAACAACAGAACAACGGCGAUGUGGCCGUGGAGAAGGUGGCGUCCGAGGACGUAUCUGCUGUCAAGGACGAUCUCAAAGCGAAGGCGGCUGCCGAGGAUAAGGCCGCUGCUGCAGAUGCCGCCGGUGAUGCUGCUGAUAACGGUACGUCGAAGGACGGCGAGGAUGCCGCCGACGCCGCUGCCGCUGCCCCCGCAAAGGAAUCAGUAAAAGGCACCAAGAGGCCAGCAGAAGCAAAAUCCGCAGAAUCAAAGAAGGCCAAGAAAGCCGCCGCCGCCGAUGGAGAAUCGGAUGAGGAGGAGGCUCUGGAGGAAAUCAUCGAGGGCGACAGUGAAAUCGAGAGCGACGAGUACGACAUCCCCUACGAUGGUGAGGAGGACGACAUUGAAUGUGAUGAUGAUGAUGAUGAUAAUGACGACGGUUCCGGCUCGGACGAUCAGGCGUAAUAAUAAUGUAGUCAAAAAAUACAAACAAAAACCAACAAAAAUUUAAAUUAAUAAUAAAUAAAAGUUACAAGCAAAAAACAAAACAAAAAAUAAUAAUAAACCAACAACCAGAAAAUAAACCACAACAAGGAGACGAUGAAGGAGAAAAAACCACAAAAAAAUCGCAAAAGUAUAUAAUUUGUAUGUUUAAGAAAUAAUUUUUUAUUUCUUACCUUAUUUUAAUUGUAUUUUAUGUGUACUUUUUUUAUAAAAAACUACAAAAACAAAAAUUGUAAUUGAAGGCAUUUUCGUAUGAAAGAAAUCUAUACGGAAUCCAACAAAAAGUAAACAUCCCCACUAUAUACAAGAAAAAAACAAAA